UUUGACAUUCUUUUGUUGACGGUGGAGGACUGUGAGUUCUUGGCAUGUUACGCUUUCAUGAAAAAUCCCUUUAAAAGUUAUCGCAAAGACCUUGGAUUUGUUUACUUUGGAAACAUGGGUGAAAGAGAGAGCGAACCACUGAAGGUCGCCCUGAUGAAGUGUUGUGAAGGUUCUUCCGGUCCAGGUGGCUCCCAAAUUGUCACCAAAAAUGCAGUGAUGCAACUGCGACCUAAAGUUGUCUACUCUGUUGGCUGCUGCGAGAGUCUAAAACCACACACAGCGAGAUUAGGGGAUGUUGUGAUAUCCUCUAAGCUGUCUACCCAAGCCUUCAGAACUCCAGUGGGAAAAGAUAUCGGAAAUCUCAUUCAGCAUUCAAGUGAUGGCUGGAAUCCACCAUUGAGAAUUCCAAACGCUCGUAAAGUAAAUGUGCACCGUGAUGGCGAGAUAUUGUGUGGUGUUGGUCUGCCCAGUGCUCAACUAUUACAUGUGUCCAACUCAAAUGUGACUGCUGUUGAAUCAGAAGGAGAAGGUUGGCCUUAUUUUUGCUUUAAAUCUGAUAUAUUAUUUGUAGGGUUACUUUUCAUUUGCAGCCCAAAACCCAUUGUAGUCCUCAACAUCUUUUAACAUAGAGAAUUAGCAACACAGCUAUAUCUAGUUCAAGCAGUGAAGCUGGACCAAUUUUCAACUAGUGUUUUGUUUUGCAGAAAUAGCAGACGUUUUACCUUUUUAUGUUGAAAGUUGUGAUGACAUGCUUCAUAUGGAUAUCUUUAAAUUUUUGUACAAACUUAAGAAUGACAAAAAAUCAAUAUGACCUUUUAGCAACACUUCUCGUUCAUGGCAUAAAGAUAUAGUGAGAAAAAAAGAAAGUAAUCAAUUUUCAUGAAUUUGACAAGAAAUUGUCACUUACUGCCAAGAUUUCUUGUGAAGUUUUAUCUUUUGGUUUAAAGUGCUCUUUAAAGGAAAAGCCUAAGAGAAAAGUAGUCUAUUGUCUUGUGCUGUCGUCUUAGGCUCACGUUAUACUACUAGUGAUUCGCCAAGGAAGGACGGCUUGACUUCCUGGAAUAUCGGGAAAACACCAAGCCUGCAUGUUUCUAGUUUGUUUUAUUUCACAACAUUUUGCUGAUUUCUCAGAUUAUUUGGUCAUGUUCAUUAUUUUUUUUUAUUGCCUGUCAGGGUCAGGUAAAAGGCUUUAUCACACAUUUUUAAAGACCACGCUGUAACUUGUAUGAGGCUGUUGGCCUGGGCAGUUGCAGCUUUCUGUAAAACGAGACUGGGUUUGGUUGCAGUAUAUGUGCAUAACAGUCGCCUUUACCCUUUGGAAUUUGUUUAUGAUUUUUUUAAAAAGAUUACACAAAAAGCGGGAGUAACACAGAAAUUAAAUGUAUGGUUAAUCAAAUGGUGAUGAGUCAAAUAAGGGAAUAAUUUCACUUAUUGCCGCUACAUGAAAGCGGUAAGUUCAAAUUUUUUAGCGACAUUUCUGGUCAAUAGCCCGAGACUUUACCGAUUAAUAUUAUGGGUGACAAAUUACAUUCACAAGGUGCGCUGUUUUGGCGCUAAACUGAUUAACAUCGAGAAAUUUGUCACCCAUGAUAUUAUGGAGUGAUUUACUUAUAAUAACCAACAGGAGGGCAUUUUGCAUGCGCAUGCGUGAAUCCGCUGAAUGACAGUAGCGUGGGCUCAUCAAAUCUGAUGGCGGGAAAUCGAAAACUCGCGCGUAAAGUUACAGUCCUUUUAAAAGCCAUUUCGUUGGUGCUUUGAAUACCGCACUUUCCUUCAAAAAAUAUUCUCCAUCACAAAAAUCAGACGUUUUCUACGCGGGUUUUCACUUGUAGAUUUUUCAGCAGUAGGUUUCCUUGGCCUUUUAAAGACUUUCAAGACUCAACGCCAAAAAGUCAUGUUCCUGUAUAAGUCUGAUUUUCACCGGCAAAGCAAUGCAUUUCUAUGGUUUGAUUUCCAAACUCGUGGUUUUACACAUCAGGGAGGAAAUGCAUCGUAGCAAUGUUCAGCUGCUUUAGGGCAAAAAGCGAAAAAAAAAAUUACCACGCAAGGUUUAUUUAUUAGCGCGAUGUCUCAUGUUAAACUGAUCGCGAAGACAAGCGUUUAUAUAUGCCACAAAAACGUGAAAUCUAUGGGGUUUUUACAGUUUUUGAAAGUUUUCAUGGAAAAAUUUAUAAAAAUAUUCUAUAGGAAAUGAAGAAUGGACUGAGCUUGAGAAAGAAACAAUUACAAGUGAUUAGGUAGAACAUAAUCACUUGAGCAUUUCUAAGCUCAGUUGCAGACAAAACGAAUGCACGCAUACUCCGAAAAAACGAACAGUACUUUUAUUUUUCUUUAACUCUAUAGAUACAAAGAUUUUUCCUAAGCUACUAUUUUGAAAGUACUCUUGAGUGACAGCUCCUGUGCUCCACAAUCGAUUUCUUGUUAUUAAUCUGUAUUUGAUGACAGUAGUGAUCCAUUCAAAACAGAGAAUGGCCAUCACUCCAUAUAAAUCUAAAUGACGAUGUUGUUCACCUUCAAAGCCUGUUUGAACAUAAGAUAGGAAGUUUGUUAAAGGGGUGCAUAUAAUGCUGUUUCCUCAAAAAAUAAAUACUUCUGCUAAAGGACCCAAAUGAGCUGGGAUGUGACAACAAACAUGACACAAAUGGAUGGAUAAAUUUGUCUGUUCUUAAUGUUUCUGUUGAGAGCUUUUUACUGUAUCCAGAUGAACCCCUUAUGUAAGUUGUACAUCAUGGAAGAAUUAUCAAGCAGAAACUGAUGCACUAAACAAGAAUGUGGUUCAAUACAGAGGAGAAGCUGGUCUCAGUCAACAUCCUUCGUGAAUGAAAUGUCUCACAAAUUAGCAUAUCAACAAAUGUAGUAUCCACAAAAUGGUAUCAUUUAGGAAUAAAUGCGAUUUUUUGGCAACAGAAGCCAGGAUUUAUUUAAAAGGUAUAUUGAUAACGUUUCAUUUCGUGCUAUUUUGGGGUUGGGGAGUUAGGCUAGAUUUUCUUUAAAACGCCAAAAUGUUAUAUUUAUUUGCAUAAUGAAAUGUAAACAAACAGUGUACCAUCAAAAUAUGGUGGAAAAAAAUCAGAAUUCAAACCGAUUGCUGUAAUUUUUUUUCCUUUGUAUAACUAAAUGAUAGAAUAUUCUUAUUUUCAAAACACAAUCUUACUGGCAUCAUUAUAUUGAUUUAAAUUUAUAGUUGAAGUGCGUGUAUUUUAUUUCUCAACGAAGACGUACCGGAGAAGAAAGCUAAAAUUAUUACAGAAGGCGAUUUUUCACAGCCUUCAUCAAAGCGCCCUUCAUUCGCGGAAGUAUUCUUAGUUUCAUUAAUCAUUAACUUAAUCUGGGGAGAAAGGCAAGAUUUCGAGAUAAACAAGCCAGAGAAAGGGUGAAAAACAGUUUCACGGCAGAAUGGACAUUUAAUUAACCACUGUAUUCCUCGAAACGAUUAAGUUCGAUUUUAGAGUUAUACUAUUGAGAAGAAUUAAGUAUCUAGGAUAAUUGUUCGACGAAAAACUAUCAUACUGACCUUUUCCUCCUGCUCAAAAAAUGUGCGCGAAAUGUUAGGUGGUAAGAACAUUCAGCCGCCAUCUUGUCUUCGAUGUACUGUUUUGCGAAAGGAAAGACUGUCCUCUCAAGGGCGACAGCGAGGCUACAAUAAACUCACUUUCAUCGUAAAAAAAUACCACGAUACCUUAAAGGACACGUCUGAGGAACGUAGCACCCAAUACACGUCAUUCAGCUCCAGAAAACAGCCUGCAAAUGCUGGUACUGAACGUAAACAAUUCACAGAAAAUGCCUCUAUGGCACUUCAACAGCCCAUAUUGACGCAUGCGCAUACAAAAUGCCUCCUGUUAUAAUAACCCGUGAAAUCGGGUAGUAGAAUACUACGCAUGCACUAUUUGUAGCUAUUUCGUACUAACCUGAGAUCAGGCUCUAUUUUCGUUUCGCUUUGAAAAUUACAUUCCGGCGGGCAUAGCGAAACGAAAAGAGAGCCUGAUACAAACCUUCUACGAAGCGUCUGCCGCCCACUUUUUUGAUUGAUUGACAUUUGCCGAAUCAGCCAACCAAAAUUACUUCCGUUGCUUGUUUUUCUAGUAAGCAAAUUUUUCACGCGUGGGAAAAAUGCAGACUGGCUGACCUGACUUAAAAAAUAGCUUUUGUCUGUUAAUUUUUUCCGCUAAAAAUAAAACAGUCAGCACAAUCACAUUUAACUUCUUGCCAGAUUAAGGGAGAUCUCGAAGGUUAUUUCUGUUGGCGUAGAAGGUAAAAAGUUUUCGAAAAGACGGCGACACGAUGUUCUACUAGUUUUAUUAUUUUGGCUAGGCGCGCUCGAAUUUAAAAUACUGAAAUUUCUAUUUUCCGUUGCCUUAAUAUUUUCCUCGGCAAUUUUCCCCGAUUUUCAGUACAUAAAUCUUUAAAAAAAAAACCAAACAGCCAACUAGCGAGGACACCAGUUUUCCUGGUUUAUUUUUUACAAAAAGCGAAGGCAAACAACCAGUCUGUUAACACUGAAAAUUCAUUGAACAGUGAUGGCAUAUUUUUGGUCUAAUACUUCACAGUUGGCGAUUGAGGUUUCUUUCACAGUGAGCCUCCGCUUGCGUACCCCGUUCAGAGAAGUCAUUCCCGGCUAAACUUUCAAAUGAAACCAGUUUUAAGAGGGACAGUAUUUUGACUUGCACCCGUUUGCAGGUAAAUCAAAAGGCACCUUGUUAGCGUUCCACAACUUGCAGAGGGAUUCAACUCCGCGAUACACUCACUUUCCGUAAAUAAAGCAAAUCCUGAGAAGAUAUUAACAACCAUAUGAAUUUUCUGAAUUUCCAUGGCACAUAUUCCGCCGACGACAGAUCAUUCACGAAAACAACCACGCGAGGAAUAAGCGCUUUCAACUUCCGGCAUUUUCGACAGCCAAUCAGAUCUUGUGGCAUUGUUCUAACAGCCAAUCAGCGUUACGGCCAAAAUCUGGCCGUAACGAGCACAAACGUGAAUGAGUUUGGAUCAGGCCCAAUCAUUGGGCCUAAAGUUUAGCGGUAGCCGUUAGAGAGAAUGUAUGAGAACCGCUAAAAUUGGGCCUGAUCUCAGGUUAAUUUUGUACUAGUUGUUUUUAAUUGUUUCACGGGUCAACUCGAGUAAAAUCACUAUAACAGAAACUUAAUUUCAUACACUUGGCGGGAGCCUGAAUCCCGGGGCCUGAAUCCGGUUCUUUUUCAAUUAAUGUAGACGAAUGUAUUAAUUGAUGAAUUAACAAUUAUUACGCUAAUUUAUAAUUUCUAAGCUACGUGCAAACGGCCGCAACAUCUACCAACAUUAGGGAGUUAAAGCAAGGACGAUGUUGACGGCAACGAACGGCAAAAAAGCAAUAGUUUCAGAUUUUCAAAACAACAACUUUGCACGUGCAUCACGCAUUUUUGACAUUUCUUUGCCGUCACUGCACGACUACGACGUGAAACCUCAUAAUGUUUUAUGGAGAACAUGAACACAAACAAAAAGGUGUUUCUUUUUCUUUUUGAGACAGUCCUUUAGAAUUCAACUGAUAACAAAAUCGCUAACAUUUGACAAGUUAAAAGAGUUGGAAUAAGGGUGACUAAGUUUGUAACAGCGCGAAUUCACUCUUUAGGGGGGCGUUUUCGCUGCCGUUGUCCGCCCAAAAAUGUUGGGAGUUGUUGCGUCCGUUUCCACGUAGCUUAAAAGUUUGACUGGUUUCAAACUUUGCGCAACAAUUCCCGACAAAAUGCAACAACAGGGCUUGCAAACGGACACAACAUGAAACAUCUCAGCGAGCCCAGAACCACAAUAGCCUACUGGAAGCCAAAUUAUAAGGAUUUGUAUGGAUAUUUAUUUAAAGAUCGAUAAAACGGUUAAAAUGUACAUAAACAGCCAUCGAAGUAAACAUUACCUCAUAAAGAGUUUGUCUGUGUCGUUUCCUCACCGUUUCCUGCCCUACAAACGCCAUUUUAGUGUCUCAACUACGAAGAAGAAGACAAGGGAAAACUCGGCUGUACUACGCUAACAGAAGAAAAAGCUACAAAAAUUACCUUCAUUCCACUUCAAUCGCUCCCAAACUUCGCUUGAGUAUAGACCGAAGAUCUUCCUUCCUUAAAAACGUCAAUUUAGCUCGAAACAUCGAGCCAUGGCCUCAGGAGGACCAGAAAUGUCGCUAUAUUUGAACUUACCGCUUCCGUGCUAGCCUGCGUAGCAGGCGUUUUCGUUUGGUUUCGGAGCAAUGAAAGAGGGGGAAGGGGGAGCCAAUUUUUCGCACGGUCUUUGACUCUCACUCCUUGUUCUUUGCUCCUAAACCGCACGAAAACGCUUGCUACGCAGGCUACUUCGGUGCAUCCGCUCUUCUUCGUGGUGACCUACCGAUGGCGUUGCUCUUGGCUUAGUAGCCAAGCUGCACAUUCAAAAUACCCUUGACGGGAACUCGUAAUUUUCCCGACAUUUCUCUGUAAAAUGAGCGAAAGCGUUCCCUGGGCACCCCUGCGAAUCUGUUUUUUUAUGGGUUGAUUUUUCCCCUGUCUAUCCCUGCCGAGGGGAUUUUUAAUGUGCAGCGUGGCAACUACGCCAAGAGCAACACUAUCGGUAGGUCACCACGAAGGAGAGCGGGUGCACGGAAGCGGUAGGUUCAAAUUUUUUAGCGACAAUUCUGGUCCUCUUGAGGCCAUGGCUCGAUGUUUCGAACUAAAUUGACGUUUUUAAGGAAGAAAGAUCUUCGGUCUAUGCUCAAGCGAAAUUUGGGAGCAAUUGGAGUGGAGUGAAGGUAAUUUUUGUAGCCUUUUGGUCUGGCAGCGUAGUACAGCCGAGUUUUCCCUUGUCUUCUUCUUAGUAGUUGAGAACCAAAACAUUAAAACUUUCUAAACUGGCAUUUAUAGGGAAGAAAAGUGUAAGAAAACAACACAGAAAAAAACCUCUUUACGAGGUAUGUAUACUUCCAUAGCUGCUUAUGUAUAUUUUAACCGUUUUAUCGAUCUUGAGAUAAAUAUCCAUAAAAAUCCUUAUAAUUUGGCUUCCAGUAGGCUGUUGUGAUUCUGGGCGCCCUGUAGUAACAUCCAACAAUGUUCAAAGUUGUUGGUCAUUAAUGUUGCGUUCGUUUGCACCUGGCUUUAGGUCAGGAGGCUUUCGUCUGGGAAGAAAUCCUGCUGUGCUCGCUUAAAUUUUCCUUAGGUUUAUAAGAAACCAUCAAAGUUACUUCUUUUACAAUGUUUUGUUUCAAGUACGUGUUUCACUGUUUGUUGUAGGUGUCUUUGUAGCCGCGCAUGACCUGAAGAUUGAAUGGGUGAUUGUCAAAGGCGUUUGUCAUUUCAUCAAUGAUCCCGAUCCCCCUGAUGAACUGUGGAAGUCGUUUGCCAGCACGAUGGCAGCUUCUCUUGUGUCCAACAUGUUAAAUGACCCACUCGUUUUUAAAGAUUGGCCACACUUUGACGGUAAGUGUUUUUCUGCUUGGUUGACGGCGUUACGCUGUAUAAACCCAGUCUAUCAACAAGGGUGCGAAUCAUCGGUCAUGUUUGUAUAAAAAGGGGGUACACGUUAUUGCCAUUUGGUCUGGUCACGGGAUGUGGAAGGGUUGUCCAAUGCACCCAAGCCAUCCUAAACGAAGGAUUCUCUGUAUUAACGUGAUGCAAUAUAUUAUAUGAAAUGAUGCGUCUUGCUCUUGUCUCGUAUAACGCCGGCGUUGUUUGCAUUUAUAGCGUCUCCCUUAAGAUAUUAGUAGAGCACUGAUCUUCAUUCGUUAGCUGGUGCGGGUGUCUGUAUUAUUACUGGAUGUCUUAGCUUGUUACAGGCGCUUAGAGAGUGGGGAGAUCGACAUAAGGCUACAAAAGUGGUGAGAAAAGAAGGGCGUUCUCCUCUUAUAUUUCAAUUUCAUUGCGCUGCACCCACCGUUCCCCCACUAUGCAAACGCCUGGAAUUAGCCUUUUUUCGGGGCGGGGGGUGUCCUACAGUAUUUCCGUUUAAACUUGCUGGUCCGUAAACAAGGUGUUAGCAUCGACAGAGGAACGGGGUGUUGACAUUCGCUGGUAAGGUUAUUCACAUUUAAGUGCCUUUUCCCUUUUGAUUUCCGUAUUCACCGAUUUCUUACUCCAUGAUGUAAUUUGUUUCUAGUCAUAUUACUGUAAAAACCAAACACAAAUAUGAGAAGGCGAAAAGGUGAAAAUCUGGAUCUUUAGAUUUUGUAUUCAAUGUCGUUAUUUUCUAUUCUUAGGCAACAUAAAUGACAAUCAUGGGGAGGCAAGUAAGGAAUUGGGAAAGAUCGGAGGAAGGUUCAAGAAUGAGAAUGGUUUAUCAGAAAACACACCAAAGGGUAAGUUACAACUCUAGAAACUUCCCCACGAACGUUUGGUGAGGAAAAUGGCAGCUAUCAAGAGAGGAUAUACAAUGGAGGUCAAAAGUGUUGGGACCUUUCCAGUAAUAUUAGUAAAACUAGUACUUCUUAAAAGAACUUAAAGCCGAUCAUAAAAUUGCCGUUAGAAGUAGGGUCCUACGUUAUUACGUUAUUACUUGGAAGGGCUUUUCACACAGUCCCAAGUUCUUUCGUCCUCCAUUGUCUGAAAUUGACUUAGUUUUAUUUGGUAAAAUGGUUUCUAUACGCUGCAGAUGAUCCACCUGUUGCGCUAAAGAGUUAGGGUGUUCGGCGUGGACAUUCAGUUUACACAAACAGAAUUAAGUGAUUAUUUGAACGACGUGUUUUUGAUUGAGUUUUUAAAGAUACUUAAUACUUGUAGUACUUGCUUUUACUAUUUGAGAAGGCGCACUUAGAAGACACAAAAGGCAUUUCUCAGCCAAGAAACAGUACGACCCUUUUGAUACCGUACAAACUGGCCCGGUCGAGAUAUAAUUAGAGCGCGCUCCCCUCAGAGAAAAUCGGGGAGAGAGACGUCUGUGAAUCGCAAGUAAUUUCCGGUAUUUUGAUUGGUGAAUGAAUCUCAGAACAGAUUUCCCGGGGAAAACCUCAGCCUUUGUGAUAGCCUGCGAGAGCAUCCGGUUUUUUCGGCUUUAGUUUCACCCGCCGAGAAAAAUCGGAGGGAGAGAAGCCACGACGGGAAAUACGUCUGCGGUUCGCAGGGUACCUUUGUGACAGCUUACUACAUUUAUAUACCAUCGUUCUAUCCAGGGUAUUUGAGGGGUAGAAACUUCCCCCUCAAAAUGCCCUGCUUCCCCCCCAAAGAAAUAUUGUUAUCAUUACAGUAUAUAAUUAACUAUAUCGGAAAAAUUAUCCAGACGCCACGAGGUCGGUGCACAAUCUGUAACAUUUCACAAAAUUGUGUCUAAAAAUGCACCAGACUGCAUCUCAGUAGCCUGCGUAGCAGGUGCUUGGAGUAGUGGGGAAAAGAGAGAACGGGCGUGCCCGAGGGAGACACGCGUUUCUCCUUCUCGCGCGCCCGUUUUUUCUUGUGCCCACACUGGUAGCCCAAGCUGGAAAUAUGAGCAUCGGCGAGGAUCGGCAUUGUUGCGUAACAUUCAAAAUAUAAGAAUUUGUAUGGAAAAAAAACUAUCGUUUCUGUAACCUACGAAAAUGAAAGGAUUUCAAUGAAAAACAGCUUACCUUACUUAAAAUGUGUGUUACGUCUCUCCUGUGUGGUCCACGGGACGAUUUAUGGCCGUUUUAUGGGUUUUUAUGUAAACGGUUUUCUCUCUAAACCUUUAUAUAGAGGUCUAUAGAGAGAAAACCGUUUACGCUAGCUUGUGCUCAGUAAUUGUAUGACUCCAUAAAUUCGAUUCGCUUUUUUUUCGCAGAUCCGGUAACAUUCGAUAAAGUUUUCUUCGCUUUGUUAAGUGUGAUAUAUUUUUAAGGACGGUGCCUUGUUCAAUGGUUCAUUUGCUUGGCCUCGACAUUCCCAUGAAUUUUGAGCUGCCAGACAUAACAAAUGCUCUAAACCUGAAUAACACAUUAAGUUCCUAUGUUAUUAACCUCAUGAGAGAAAAAUAAUUGUCAUUUAACAUUUUAAUAUUUUUACGUAAGAAAACUUGGCAAAAUCAAGAGAAUGAGCUAGAAUGUUGACACACAAACGUAAAGAAUGUUUAAGCUAUGGGAGAGGUGCUAGAUCGCAACGUGUUCAUGUCCUCCUGUGCUUAUGUAUUUUGCGCGGAAAGCCAGACCUUUCCAGUCCCAACAAAAAUACUCUUCUAGUUUUGAACCGGCUUAAGCCCCAACCCUAAGUUAAUUUUCAAUGCCGGGACACGAAGCUUUGAUUUUGGGCGCGAGACUCAACAGAGACGGCUGUGGCCAUUUUUUUGAAGCGCGAGGCGAUCACAAGCUUUUUUUGAAAUGUCAGUUACAAAGUACUUCUCCUGUUGCUGGUCUAAAACUAACUUCUUUUUCGAACUGGCGGACGGCACGUCCCAUACAGUUCCAUGCAACAUAUUCUACUCCUGUUCCUAGUCUAAGACUAGCUUCUUUCUCGAACUGGCGAACGGCGCGUUCCAUACAGUUCGAUGUAACAUAUCCUACUCCUGUUUAUACACUAAAACUAACUUCUUUAUCAAACUGGCGGACGGCGCGUCCCAUACAGAUCGAUGUAACAUUUCUACCCCUUUUCCUAGUAUAAAACUAACUUCCUUAUCGAACUGGCGGACGGCGCGUCCCAUACAGAUUGGUGUAACAUAUCCUACUCCCGUUUCUAGCCUAAAACUAACUUCUUUUUCGAACUGGCGGACGGCGCGUCCCAUACAGUUCGAUGUAGCAUUUUCUACUCCUGUUUCUAGUUUAAAACUAACUUCCUUUUCAAACUGGCGGACGGCGCGUCCCAUACAGUUCGAUGUAACAUUUUCUACUCCUGUUUCUAGUCUAAAACUAACUUCUUUAUCGUACUGGCGGACGGCGCGUCCCAUACAGUUCGAUGUAACAUUUCCUACUCCUGUUUCUAGUCUAAAACUAACUUCCUUUUCGAACUGGCGGACGGCCCGUCCCAUACAGUUUGAUGUAACAUAUCCUACUCCUGUUUCUAACCUAAAACUAACUUCCUUUUCGAACUGGCGGACGGCGCGUCCCAUACAGUUCGAUGUAAUAUUUUCUACCCUUUUCCUAGUUUAAAACUAACUUCCUUAUCGAACUGGUGGACGGUGUGUCCCAUACAGAUUGAUGUAACAUAUCCUACUCCUGUUUCUAACCUAAAACUAACUUCUUUAUCGAACUGGCUGACGACGCGUCCCAUACAGUUCGAUGUAACAUUUUCUACUCCUGUUUCUAGGCUAAAACUAACUUCCUUUUCAAACUGGCGGACGGCACAUCCCAUACAGUUCGAUAUAAUAUUUUCUACCCUGUUCCUAGUUAAAAACUAACUUCCUUUUCGAACUGGCGGACGGCCCGUCCCAUACACUUCGAUGUAACAUAUCCUACUCCUGUUUCUAGUCUAAAACUAACUUCCUUUUCGAACUGGCGGACGGCGCGUCCCAUACAGUUCGAUGUAAUAUUUUCUACCCUUUUCCUAGUUUAAAACUAACUUUUUUAUCGCACUGGUGGACGGCGCGUCCUAUACAGUUCGAUGUAACAUAGCUCCUGUUUCUAGGCUAAAACUAACUUCCUUUUCGAACUGGCGGACGGCACGUCCCAUACAGUUCAAUGUAAUAUUUUCUACCCUGUUCCUGGUUAAAAACUAACUUCCUUAUCGAACUGGCGGACGGCAGGUCCGAUACAGUUCGAUGUAACAUUUCUACCCUUUUUCCUAGUGUAAAACUAACUUCUUUAUCGAACUGGGGCACGGCGCAUUCCAUACAAAUCGGUGUAACAUAUCCUCCUCCCGUUUCUAGUCUAAAACUAACUUCUUUAUCGUCCUGGCGGACGGCGCGUCCCAUACAGAUCGAUGUAACUUUUCUACCCCUGUUCCUAGUUUAAAACUAACUUCCUUUUCGAACUGGCGGACGGCGCAUCCCAUACAGUUCGAUGUAACAUAUCCUACUCCUGUUUCUAACCUAAAACUAACUUCCUUUUCGAACUGGCGGACGGCGCGUCCCAUACAGUUCGAUGUAAUAUUUUCUACCCUUUUCCUAGUUUAAAACUAACUUCUUUUUCGAACUGGCGGACGGCGCGUCCCAUACUGUUCGAUGUAACAUGUUCUACUUUUGUUUCUAGGCUAAAAACUAACUUCCUUUUCGAACUGGCGGACGGCACGUCCCAUACAGUUCGAUAUAAUAUUUUCUACCCUGUUCCUAGUUUAAAACUAACUUCCUUUUUAAACUGGCGGACGGCGCAUCCCAUACAGUUUGAUGUAACAUAUCCUACUCCUGUUUCUAACCUAAAACUAACUUCUUUUUCGAACUGGCGGACGGCGCGUCCUAUACUUUUCGAUGUAACAUUUUCUACUCCUGUUUCUAGGCUAAAACUAACUUUCUUUUCGAACUGGCGGACAGCACGUCCCAUAGAGUUCGAUGUAAUAUUUUCUACCCUGUUCCUAGUUUAAAUCUAAGUUCUUUGUUGAUCUGGCGGACGGCGCGUCCCAUACAGCUCGAUGUAACAUUUUCUACUCCUGUUUCUAUUCUAAAACUAACCUCUUUAUCGAACUGGCGGACGGCGCGUCCCACACAGAUCGAUGUAACAUUUCUACCCCUUUUCCUAGUAUAAAACUAACUUCUUUAUCGAGCUGGCACGUCCCAUACAGUUCGAUGUAAUAUAUUCUACCCUGUUGCUAGUUUAAAACUAACUUCUUUUUUGAACUGGCGGACGGCGCGUCUCAUACAGUUCGAUGUAACAUUUUAUACUCCUGUUUCUAGUCUAAAACUAACCUCUUUAUCGUACUGCCGUACGGCGCGUCCCAUACAGGUCCAUGUAACAUUUCCUACUCCUGUUCCUAGUUUAAAACCAACUUUCUUUUCAAACUGACGGACGGCGCGUCCCAUACAGUUUGAUGUAACAUAUCCUACUCCUGUUCCUAACCUAAAACUAACUUCUUUUUUGAACUGGCGGACGGUGCGUCCCAUACAGUUCGAUGUAACAUUUUCUAGUCCUGUUUCUAGUCUAAAACUAACUUCCUUUUCGAACUGGCGGACGGCGCGUCCCAUACAGUUUGAUGUAAUAUUUUCUACCCUGUUCCUAGUUUAAAACUUACUUCUUUUUCGAACUGACGGACGGUGCGUCCCACACAGUUCGAUGUAAUAUUUUCUACCCUGUUCCUAGUUUAAAACUUACUUCUUUAUCGGACUGGCGGACGGCGCGUCCCAUACAGUUCGAUGUAACAUUUUCUACUCCUGUUCCUAGUUUAAAACUAACUCCCUUUUCAAACUGGCUGACGGCGCGUCCCAUACAGUUUGAUGUAACAUUUUCUACUCAUGUUGCUAGUUUAAACUAACUCCUUUUAAUUUUCUUACUUAUGGAAACUGGCGCGUCAGGAAUUUUAAUGUAUCAGUACUGACUCGUGCGAUUUUCAUGCCGGGUUUUUAUGGAAGAAUAAUAAAUAGGUGAGCGGAAUAGAGUCCCUUACAUUUUACGUAUAAACGAUGAUGAAAGUAGAAUUUUGAUUUUAAGAGUAGCGUGUGUUUAGGGUUUUAUGCAUCGGUAGCCCUUCGCGAAGGGUUGGAAGAGAACAGUGCACUUUGCAAACAGUUUAAGAGAGUGUGUUCAAAAUCGAAUACAGUUAAUUUAUGGUAGUUAGAUUAUAACUCAGUAAUAACAGAACAAUUGAUAGUGAAGAGAAAGAAAUUAUUUUAUUUAUUGCAGUCAGUUUCAAGACCUCCUUAGGGCCUGUUUACAUGGAGGUGGGGGACCCCAGGUGGGUGAGGUAACCCGCUUAGGUGGGGUAACCCGCCUGUCCAUACAAUCUCUCAUUUUAAUGCAAUCACAUUUACAUGUUAGGUGGGGUAACCCGCCACAUGUUACCUCACCAACCUGGGGUCCCCCACCUUCAUGUAAAACAGGCCCUUAGAUUGUUUUUAACAAGAGAGAGACGAGUAUCUUUCGAACGAUCGCAAGGGAGAACCCGGAAGUCCCCAGACGGGCACUUAGAUGAUACUAAAGCGCGCCGAAUAAAUUGAUUACGGAUUUUGAAAUACGCGUGUUCGAAAUAUUUUUACCUAACUCUGCGUAUUGAAAUAUGUACUAAUUAUUGUCUGCUUGCUUUUAGCAGUCUUCUACGGUCUAUCGUAUUAAAGCAAAUACACAUUACGCUGAUUCAAAAAACUUGUCAAAAUUUUCUACUCUGAUGAUUUCCCCGUGAUUUCCUCAUCUCUGACAAUCUCGCCUAUCAAAAAUGUUUUGUUUUACAAAGGCUGCUUUAUUCAGGCUUUAUUUUCACUGCGAUUUUACUUUAUGUUUAUUGAAUGAACCGCUGGGUCUUAGUUUGAAUACAUUUUAAUGUUUUCAAAGGCGACACUCAAACAAAGACUCUUAAAAGAGUGUUUGCGGAUCAUAUUCUGUCGGCGUUUUCUUCUAUUCACGACUUCUUAAAAAAAAUAAACAGAAAGUAAUUAUGUCACGUUUUCCUACCGGCAUUUUCUGGUUUGUUUUCAAUGUAUUGACAUCAUCCUUGACAUAAUAAUGGAUUACUGAAGACACCUCACUGGUCUCUGGGGGAAGAAAACCCAGCGCGACUUAGGUGAAGGUAUGUUAGGAAUGCUAGUACAAUGUACCAAGGACUCGUAUGCGGUACUUACAGUCGGGCUCUGCGCGUCCUGUCAUGGACGUAACGCACAUUUUAUUUCCAAAAAUUCAAGCGGAUGCCGGCUCCUGAUUGGGCACAAAAAAUGCUUUGUAUUAUUGUGCCCAAUCGGCGAACAGUUUCUCCUGAGUUCUUUUCGUGAGGUCGUACACGACGGCUAUUGUUUUGAUCACGGCUUGUCUGACUCAUGCACCAAAGAAAUGCACGCAGUCAGGAAGGUUUCAGUUUGAUAUAAAAUUCCCAUCUGAUUUCAAAAUACUGUACAUGUCUGCCCGAAAACUAAAGACGCUUUUCCAAAAAUACAAGCUUGAGCUUACAACAGGUAUUCACGCUUCCAUCGGUCACGUCUUGAGUAAAUAUUAGGGAAUUUUUAAAAGAUACCACGAAGGCUGACAACCACGAAAAGGUCGCAUGGAAAAGGGAAUUCACAUUUUUUUCAGUUUCUAUCGUGAUUUUUUCUUAGUUUGUCAAAUGCAAGCGAACUCUGCUGGAGCUGAAUUUCUAUCAACCAUAUCCAAGUUCAUGGAGAGAAUGAAUUUUGUCAUUGCUUGUUUACGUCCUUCACAAAACGUUAAAUUAGGCAUUUUCGUGGGUAGUCGUGCAGUUGACGGCAAAGAAAUGUACAAAAAAGUGUGAUGCACGUGCAAAGUUGUUGUUUUGCCUUGUUAAGUUAUUCCUUAUUUGACUUUCUCGUCGACGCCGCAUCUUUAACUUCCUAUUAUUUACGAUACAUUGUGAUGAGUUACAAAAAGAUUAUUCUCGGGGAAAGUUGAAUUGCUCCUGCUGAUAGCAUCCCCAACGUUUUUUCGACUCAUCGGUAGUUCUUUCGUUUCUGGUUAGGACGAAUUACAACGAAUCGGGCAAAUGUGGCAAGACAUUAGCCGUCGUGUACCAUCUCACGAAAAGAACUCAGGAAAAACUCUUUGCCGAUUGGGCACAAUAAUACAAAGCAUUUUUUGUGCCCAAUUAGAAACCGGCAUCGGCUUGAAGUUUUGGAAAUAGUUCGGUGAGAGUCGGUACCCAGGGGCUUUUUCGCCCAUAAUUGAAAACUUUCGUCGCGCCCUUUCUCCCGACCCGACUGACUGCCCCUGGGUCUCCGAGGAUGAUCCGAUCAGAGACGGUUAACAUUGCUGUGAAUGCGUUUGCUUGUCUGGCGUGUCGUUUUGAGUGUCUUAUUCACCUCCCAAGGAGAUCGAGAGUUAAUAGUUAACGUGACAAUAUUGAGUUUGCCUAAUGGUCGUGGGUCGUAGGUUGUGGGUACAAGUCGUGGGUGUGGGUAAAAGUCGUGGGUGUGGGUAAUGAUUAAAAAUUAUUGUUAACAUGAGAAAAUGCAAGGGGUGACAGGCCGCACAUCUAUACCGGCGUGAAACCUUGUGUAAACCGCGCAAAUUAGUUUAAUCUCUCGAGGUCUCAAAUUUAUACCAGUCAACAAAUCUAUUAACAGGAACAUGGUUAAAAAUAAGGGACGGGCAUCACACGACUCCUGCACUAAGUCGUAUUAGAAGUAGUAUGACCUUCAGAGCUUCGCUCUAACUAGUAGGUCCUUAGGAGAUUUUCCCUUGUGAUAAGAUAUGAGGGGAGGCUCCUUAAAGAUUUCUCUUAAGUCGUUGCUGGUUUUGUAUGGGGUGCCAUUUCCCCAUAAGUAUUCUUUUCAGGCUAGGCAAAGCCGGGUGGUAUUGUGUAACAAAAGGUAGAAGUUUUUUGCCUGCGGAUUUGUUUCUCUGUUGUAGCGCUGUUUUCCUGUCGGCAAAUUUUACCUCAGAGAGAUACUUUCUUAAAAUAGCGGCAAGGUAGCCUCUUUCUAACAGGCGGUUGUAAAAAUGUCUGAUAUUCCUCUCAGAUGUGAUCUGCGAGGAAUUAGUCCUUAGAAGCCUGAGCGCUUCCCCUUUGAUGAAGCCUUUUUUCACGCUUGCUGGGUGACACGAGUAGAAGUUCGUGUACUGGAAUCUUUCUGUUGGUUUGUAAUGUGUUUGCACGUCUAGGAUUGAUUCCUUGUCGAAUCUAACCCCUUUGUACACUUUUGCGUCCAAGAACGUGAUCUCUGUUUCUGACAUCUCAGCCGUGAAUUUUAUCGUAGAGUGAAAGUUAUUUGCCUUUUCCACAAAGCUCUCUAUUUUGUCUAGACUUGUGUUCCAUAGCGAAAACACAUCGUCAAUAUACCUUUUCCAAACAAGCGGCUUGAUGCAACUCUCACUCAAUAUUUGUCUUUCUAUUCUGGCUAUGAAGAUGUUUGCAAAGGCAACGGCCAUCUUUGUUCCCAUGGCUGUUCCAUGGGUUUGUAGGUAGUUGCUACCGCAGAAUUGGAACGAAUUUUCUGUUAAUAUAAGGUAGAGCAUUUCUCUAAGGUACUUGGUGGGUAUAGGGGCUUUGUCCCCAUAAAAAUCUUCGUAUGCGUGACAUACGGUGGUUACGCCCUCUUCGUGUGGUAUGUUGGUGUAGAGACUAGUAACGUCCGUAGAGACUAGCACUGGUUUAGGCAAUUUUGUACUCUCAAUAACCCCUCACUCAACCUAUGGUUGAAACCACAAACAGAAAAGUUACGCAGCUAAUUAAGUCGCUGCUGCAGGAAGGCAUUGACGAUAUGACAGCCAAAUGGCUAUCCCUCACGCCUAAUCCUCCGCGUACCCCUAUUUUCUACACACUUACAAAGAUUCACAAACCGACACCUGUCGGUAGACCUAUAAUAUCAGGGUGCGAUGGCCCCACAGAGUAGCCUGCAAAGCAGGCGUAUUUUAGAGCGCGAUCCAUGAAUUGUUUUCAGGAAUGACGUUGUCCCGCCAUCUUGGACGUUCAUACUACCAGAGAGUUGGGACGAGUCAAAAAAAAGGUUUUAAGGGAGAGGUAGAUGGGUUUAAAAUAGGGGAGUGGGAAGGGAGGGAAGGAAAAAAAACCUCCGAGUUUUCGAUAAAAAACGCCUGCUCUGCAGGCUACCACGGAGCGAAUAUCUGCAUUUGUAGAUCGACUCAUUCAACCAAUAGCACAGAAACAAGACUCGUAUCUAAAAGAUACGACAAACUUCCUGAAUUUUGAUAAUUGUUUUUCUCAUUCAGCAAAGCUAAACCCUCGUUUAUCUUACUUUCUUUGCUCAUCAUGACGGAUGUUGUUCUUUUGGUCUGCCAUUUUGAGUAUAAUGGUUUUGCCACGCGACAAUUGUUUGAGUACUUGCACAGGCGGCCCAAACUCACGUUGCGAGGGAAGGGUGUAAUGUAAUUUACAUAACAUAUUCGUUCUAUGAAAGGAGUAACAGCGGUUACGCAAUAAAGCCAAAAAAAUCAGUAAAACGACAAACAGACACCAAAACGCAGUGGAAUAGAUUGCAGGUAUGUCUUUUUUAUUCAUUUCAUUUAAGAAAAAGUAAGGUUUAGCGUUAUUUAGCGUUCGCAGAUCUCAGUAAUAUAUUUCUCAUACAAAGUCUCUUAUAUUUUCAACGGUCGCCUGUAAUACGACACCGGAGCGUAACCUAUGUUAUGUAAAUUACAUUUCACCCUUCUCUCGCAACGUGAGUUUGGGCGGCCUGUGCUUCUAGGAAGGUUUCUAAAGCUACGGAAGGCUGGACUGGUGGAUUCCAGUCUGAUUUCACGUGAAAUGGAUGUGGCUCUCUUUCUUUACCGUAAUAUAUGUACUGGAGGUGCAUUCGUCUCGCAAAUAGAUCAAAAUCUUUUAGGAGUUCGCGCCUGAUGUUGUUUUCUGUUCUUACGGGUCCCGGGGGUUGGGUUACGGGUGUAGGGAUACAUUUUAAACCCCGGGAGAGCAGAGUGAUUUGCUCAUCUGUCAGUUGUUCGUUUGACAGGUUUCUGAUGUCUUUUCUGUGUGACUCAAUUAUGUUGUUGCAACGAAUUUUCCCUUUGUUUCUAUUGCGUUCUUUUCUCUUUCGGUUGAAAACCGUUUUUUGCUUUCUGAAUUUAUCUUUUGCUUUUCCCCUUAUUUCCAAAGACUCAGAUCAUAAACGGGGAUAAGAUUCACAUCGUUUAUUCUCUUGUGUUUCUUGUCUUUUGGCACCCGCCUCAGGUUUCUUCUCGGUUAUAUAGAGUUCAGCGUCGUCUCAAAGGUCAUUUGCGGCCUCUCCUCGCUUGUUUUACCCUCCCCACCCUCCCUGGGUCUUAUUUUAUAGCCUGUAUUUUCAAUAAUUGUGUCUACUAACUGGGAUUAAUUCAAAGAUAGGCAUCGUAUUGCUUAUUCAGAUAAAUAAUGAUUGACUACUCUUAUAUUAUAUGGAACUGAUCCCGGCUUCCUUAAUUUUCGGAUUUGCUCUUUGCUCUUUUUAGCAUUAAGUUAACUUGUGUGCGUGUUCUUCAAGCGUUUGACCAAAACAAAUUUUCCCAAAAUAUUAUCAAGAUAUUACACCAGUCCUGAAAAUAGCUCCUAUAGGUUCCUGCCUUUACCCAACCGUACCCAUUUUCAUACAUUGUGUUAUAUUUGUUUUGUUAUGUUAUUAGUUAUCGAGUAGUUAAAAAAAUCAAAAACUUGUAAUAUUGUAAAUUAUUAAUAUUAAACAAAAAUUAGUAACACUAUUAAUUAUUAAUUAUGAUUGAAAAUUAAUUUUUUAUCAUUACCCACACCCACGACUUUUACCCACAACCCACGAUCAUUAGGCAAACUCAACAAUAUUAGAAACGUGAGACGAAACUCGCACGCGCACCAAUGGUUUAACACGCGCACCAAUGGUUUAAGUCAUAUUUAGAGAAUCGUACUCAAAUGUGCUCCAUCAACGGAUCGCUCUCUCAAAGCUGUUUGUUAAGUUGUGGUGUUCCCCAGGGGACAAUUUUAGGUCCACUACUAUUUCUGUUAUACAUCAACGAUCUUCCAAACUCUCUUCCAAACUGUGAGCCGAGGAUGUACGCUGAUGACACCCACCUUACAUACGCAGGUGAUAACGCAGACAAUAUUCAGUUGCAUCUAAAUCAAGAUUUAGAAAAUGUUCACAACUGGCUGAGAGCAAACAAACUUACUCUAAAUAUGACUAAAACCGAAUUUAUGCAUAUCGGAUCUAGGCAGAGGCUAAGUACUCUCACAGAGUCCCCGACAUUUGCAAUUAAUGAUUUUCAAGUUAGCCAGGUCACUACUGCAAAAUCACUUGGACUGACCAUCGAUGACAGACUUGAUUGGAGUGGCUAUAUCGAGAAAGUAACAAAGAAAGUCGCUUCUGGUAUUGGGGCCAUAAAACGAAUAAGGCACCUUGUCCCUCAGGCGACCUUACAACUAAUAUAUCAAGCUUUAAUACAGCCACACUUUGAUUAUUUUAACAUUGUUUGGAGAAACUGUGGGAUAACCUUACGGAAUAAGGUUCAAAAGCUACAAAACAGAGCAGCCCGUGUUUUGACCUACUCAAGCUAUGACGUAGAUGCUGGUCACCUUUUCAAACUUCUAGGGUGGAAAAACUUAGCUUGCCAGCAACAAAUUCAAAGAGCUACGAUGGUUUACAGGUCUCUACACGGGUUGGCUCCAAACUAUCUACAUCUAAAUUUGAAAGGCGAGAAGUCGCAUAUAACCUAAGGGACUCUGAAAAUAAACUCAAUGUUCCAUUACCGCUCACAAACUAUUACAAAAACAGCUUCAGCUAUAGUGGCGCCAUUCUCUGGAACAGUCUUCCUUGUAACUUAAGGGAAGCAGAGUCCUUUGGGCAAUUUAAACGAUUACUCAAAGAACUGUAAGGCACGGCAUUCGUGGAAAGCAGCUUUUUUAUUUAAAUAUUUUUAUUAUAUUAGUAUUAGGCAAUUUUUAAAGCUGACGAAUUUUGUACCGUGGAUAAAUAAAGAUUAUCUAUCUAUCUAAACUUGAGCGUCUUAUUUACGACGUGCCAGACUAGCAAACGCAUUCACAGCAAUGUUAACCGUCUCUGAUCGGAUCAGAUUCAAAUCCCUUCCAAAACGGCUCAUAAAGACACAGGAACAAAAGGUAAACACAUUUUAUUAUUUUAUUAGCAAAUGCAGCGUUCGGGUUCCCUGUGCAAAUGCAUACCGGAACACGAUUAAAGGGACUGGUUCACGAUAAUGCGCAUGUGUGAGUUCUGACAGUAGCUGAUUGUUUUUCAACCAAUCGGAAGCGAGUUAGAUGCACGCAAGUAAAUUUACAAAAUUCAAAUUAAUUGUUCGCGACGCGAGAGUAUUUCCGGGCAUUUGGUUUGAUUUUAUUUAUCCCCAUAAUUCAAGUCUAUUCUUUGCUACUCCUUAGAUAUAUGUUGCAGCCGAUAACAAUAAAAUUUAAAGCCCUGUCCUGCUUUGAAACAAACAUUUACCAACGUGUAUUUUUACGAGGUCGUACCCACGCUAACAAAGCAGUCACCGAUCGGCAAACAGAAUUUGUAAACAAACAUCUUAUUACUGUUAUCUCAGUUCGCCUUAUAUAAUCCCAGAAAUACCUACAAAUAGCGCCUGACCGGUGACAAAAACACACAACGUAUGAGUAUAAAGAUUAUCCUUAACUGAGCAUAAAUUUCAAUUGCUUAUCAGCAAAUGAACAAAUUCAUUCGCGUUGCAUUGGGUCAGUGUUCCGCAAAACAAAUGUUAUCGAGUAGAACACAUAAAGAAACUAGAUUAUAAACAGAAUAUUCAGGCAAUAAUUUAUUUUAAAAACAUCAAUUCUUAAACAUAUACGAUCGUAAAGCAAAGAUACAAGGAACAUUUCAAGUGUACCAGAUCGGUGAAGAUCGCGCGGCCUGUUGCGGUAUAACUACAGGUCGGAGUCAAAAAUCAAAUCAAAGUUGAACGAACUCAUGCCUUUAACCACUUUCCAAGUGUCGUGUAUUCUUUUCGUAAGCCACACACUACUCCUAGAACCAUACCAGAUCGAAAGGCUAAGCUUUUCUAUCUCCAAAGACUCUUGAGAACGUCCUGUUGCCGGACGGCCACGAUGCUCUUCUGAACCUCCAUGAUCAAAACAUUAUUUUUUGCGUCUUCUCAAAACGUAACCAGUCAAACGACAAAACCACACGUUAAUCACCACUACCGAAGUAUAACUAGACCAGCCAAAGCGACGGAUGUCCGAAUAAAACGAAGGAUUUUCAAUGAUUGUACCGGUAAUGGCGAUUUCGAAUUUAGUGUUGACCCAACAAAGUUAUUCUGAAGAGACAAACGGCGCGCAUGCGCAUUAUCGUGAACCAGUCCCUUUAACGACGGUGAUUCACAGACGUACUCUCUCCCCUUUUUUUUUUAUUUGAGGGGAGGGGACGUCUGUACACAGGCUUAAGAAUCAUGUGAUGCUGUGGAAAAUUAUUCUUUGAUUAACCUUUACUUAUCUAUUAGUGAAGUGGUCUCCCCGCGGUCGAUUCUUCAUUUGCAUCAUGUCCCUUAUGGGCUACCGUAGGUACUCAACCCAGUUUAAAAAAUAGAUGGAGGUUUAUCAACCACAUGGUAAAAAAGGGGACUGUGAGUUCUCAAACACCUUAACCUAAAGUUCAUAAGCAGUAGUCCAUUUUCCUUGUUUCCCGCAAAUUCAGUGGUCUGCUAAAAGGCUGCCGUUAAAUCAAAAAUAGGGCCCUUGGCAUCUUCCAUUUCCUUAUUGAAUCCCUCCUCCCUCCCCCGCCCCCCUCCACUAGUUUGGAAUGUUGUACACUUGCUUUCAAGGCGGUGUAGCUUGUUCCAGGCUCCGAGAUGGUCGGGUCCGCUGAUUUCGCGUGCCUUUUUCUUUCGCGUCUUCCCCACUAUCUGAGAGCCUGGAACAGGAUAAAGGCGUUGCAAAAUGCCUAAAUGAGUUAAUUAAUAAAAGCUGAGUUUUGUUUAUCAAAUCGCCUUUUUCAAGCAUAGUUCUACGUGUAGUUCUAUUCAUUUGUUUUACGGACUUGGAAAGUAGCAAACCAAACUGUUUAAGGCAAAUAUCUACAACAAAGCUUGGUUUUCAUUUAUUCGCAGCAGUUGGUUUGGUUGCCGAGCAUAUUGAAAUAAUUCGCCAGAACUACAAACGUCAUGAGGGAUGGCUCGCGCCCUUUCCUUGGUGCGAAGACUUUCAGUUUCAACUAAGCGAUAUUUAUACACGGCUUCGUAUGGUCAGUAGGGAGAAAAGAGCGAGAACAACAGCGGAGCAAAGAGUUGUUGAAACGACUGAAAUCUUCAAAUCCCACGAUGAAUGCAAAAAACCUAGAAAAGUAUUGAUUGAAGGAAAGCCAGGUAUGGGGAAGACGACGUACUGCAAUAAGGUUGCUUACGACUGGGCUAUAAACAUAGACAACGAAGAAGACUGCUUUCCGGAAUUUGAGAUGGUGCUCUUGCUGAAAUGCCGUGAUGUCGAGAUCGAGUCCGAUCUUUGGGGAGCCAUUGACGAUCAGCUUUUGCCAGAUGAAAUUCAUCAAAAGGAAAGAGAGAAAUUCUUUGAGUUCAUUCGGCAAAAUCAAUCAAAGGUUCUACUGAUACUUGACGGAUUGGACGAGUUACCUUCGAGCAAACUGCCGGGGUUUACCGACGUCAUACAAGGUAAAAUGCUUCCUCUAUGUCACCUUGUGGUUACAGCGCGACACGAGGCAGGGAUACCUAUGAGAAAGGUUUGUGACACUCUGCUAGAGAUUGAAGGUUUCACUUAUCAAGAGAGCAAAGAAUUUAUUCACAAAUAUUUUGCCGGCAAGGAAGAUUUAGCCGAAAAGCUCUUGGAUAAAAUACAGAUUGAGAAAAGGCUUAAAGAGAUGACAGCGAACCCAAUAAACACUGCACUGCUUUGCCUUCUUUGUGAAGAUUUUCAAGGUAUUUUACCUGAAAGUAGAACUCAGUUGUAUUUGGAAAUAGUACAAUGUGUUCUUAUCAGAUACAGGACAAAGAAAGGUCUACCAGUCGAAAAUGAGGAUCUGAUUGAAAUCUACAAAGAUCAGUUGAAACUCCUUGGCUUGAUAGCUUUAAACGGCCUGUAUGAAGACAACAUGUACUUUCAGGACAAAAAGCUUUCAAGUGAAAAUGCCGACUUACCUGAAUUUGGCUUUCUGUCAGCUCAACCUGGAAGCAGCAAACGAAGACCGUGUAUGUAUUACGGUUUUACGCAUAAGAGUUUUCAAGAGUUCUUCGCGGGACAUUAUCUUUGUUGCCAACUUGUUAGCAAAGAAACCAAUCCAGAAAUAUUGGUCACUGACACAAGAUAUUUUGGAGCGCUGAGAGAGGUAUUGAAAUUUACCUGUGGUCUGCUUGCAGUGACAUCUGAAGAAAGUGCCGUAGCCCUUAUUAACUGCAUAGCGAAUGAGGUAAACAAAGUUGAUGCGGGAACGGAACGUUUACUUGUUGCAGUUGAGUGCAUUAAAGAAUGCAAAAUUGAAAGCAGUGAUUUUCAUAUAGAACUGACACGUACCUUUGGCGCAUGUCUGGCACUUCAACAGUGGGAGAUCAAACGUAAAGGUCUAGGUGACGCUGCUAAUGCUGUGAUUGCUGCCGUGCUUAAAGCAAACACAACUCUGACGAAUUUGAGUUUUUCAGGUAAUAACCUUGGUUCUGCCGGUGCGGAGUCACUUGCUACAGCGCUGAAAACAAACACAACUCUGACAAAUUUGGAUUUGUCUGGCAAUAACCUUGGUCCUGCCGGUGUGGAGUCACUUGCUACAGCGCUAAAAAUAAACACAACUCUGACAAAUUUGGAUUUGUCUGGCAAUAACCUUGGUCCUGCCGGUGUGGAGUCACUUGUUACAGCGCUAAAAACGAACACAACUCUGACAAAUUUGGAUUUGUCUGGCAACAACCUUGGUCCUGCCGGUGUGGAGUCACUUGCUACAGCGCUAAAAACAAACACAACUCUGACAAAUUUGGAUUUGUCUGGCAAUAACCUUGGUCCUGCCGGUGUGGAGUCACUUGCUACAGCGCUAGAAACAAACACAACUCUGACAAAUUUGGAUUUGUCUAGCAAUAGCCUUGGUCCUGCCGGUGCGGAGUCACUUGCUACAGCGCUAAAAACAAACACAACUCUGGCAAAUUUGUCUUUGAACGGAAAUAAGCUUGGUCCUGCAGCUGCCGGUGCGGAGUUACUUGCUACAACGCUAAAAACAAACACAACUCUGACACAUUUGGUUUUGACACGAAAUACCCUUGGUUCUGCCGGUGCGGAGUCACUUGCUACAGCGCUAAAAACAAACACAACUCUGACAAAUUUGGAUUUGGCUCACAAUGGAAUUGGUCGUGCCGGUGCGGAGUCACUUGCUACAGCGCUAAAAACAAACACAACUCUGACAAAUUUGAGUUUGUCCCGAAAUAGGCUUCGUCCUGCCGGUGCGGAGUCACUUGCUACAGCGCUAGAAACAAACAGAACUCUGACAAAUUUGGAUUUCUCCCAAACUGACGUUGGUCCUGCCGGUGCUAAGUCACUUGCUACAGCGCUAGAAACAAACACAACUCUGACAAAGUUGUAUUUGGCUUACAAUAGCAUUGGUCCUGCCGGUGCGGAGUCACUUGCUACAGCGCUAAAAACAAACACAACUCUGACAAAUUUGGAUUUGGGUUUGAAUGACCUUCGUCCUGAAGGGGCGGAGUCACUUGCUACAGCACUAAAAACAAACACAACUCUGACAAAGUUGUAUUUGGCUUACAAUAGCAUUGGUCCUGCCGGUGCGGAGUCACUUGCUACAGCGCUGAAAACAAACACAACUCUGACAAAUUUGGAUUUGUCCCAAACUGACGUUGGUCCUGCCGGUGCGGAGUCACUUGUUACAGCGCUAAAAACAAACGCAACUGUGACAAAUCUAAAAUACUAA